GCCUCUCUAUCCCCUCAUCGCCUUGCACAACGACGCCCAAACGUUUCGUUCUUCCACGCCGACGACGACCUACAAUGCAGCUCUACCCGCUUUCAGUACUCACGCUCAUCUUUGCUGCCACGGGCGCUUGGGCGCAGACGGAGUCGGGGUCAGAGACCUCGACGGGCUCCGCGGCGGGCAGUGGAUCGGCGACGCCGACGCGGUCAGGCUCGGCCUCGCGGUCCAGCGGCGCGAGCAGCACGGUGUCGGCGAACCCGUCGUCGUUCCCGACGCUGACGCCGUACUCGGACUGUGUCAACAACUGUCUUCUGGGCGCGAUCGAUGACGCGAAGUGCGGGAGUGUGGUUGAUGUGAAUUGCUUCUGCAAGAGCUCAUCUCCUUUCACCGGCUCCUACCUCGACUGUCUCGCCGCGAAUUGUAACGCGGACGAGCUCGACGAUGCGGAGGGCUUGGCCGAGCAGUUCUGCGCGCUAGCGAGCCCCAGCACAAGCCUAUCCUUCUCAAGUGUGACCCCGUCGAGCAGCAGCAGCAGCUCGAGGUCCCAAUCGAGCGGAGCUUCGAGCACCAGCACAAGCACAAGCGCGUCCGGAUCGAGCACCGAGUCUGGCGACAACAACGGCGCUGUCGCUCUCUUCGCAUUCAAGAGCGUACUCUGCGCACCCUUCGGUGAUAUUCAAGAUGAAGUGAAUGAGUUGCCGUCUGACUGUCAAUGGAAAACGGAUUUCCUCUUUGACGAUGCACUCACUGUUCUUUGUCUCCUCCCACCAGACGACUCCGUUCACCAGUGGCAGAAAGUCCCCAAGAGCGCGAUGGCGCUCAACGCACCCAACCAUCCCAUCCUUCCGGCCGAGCUAGUCGAUCUUGUCAUUGAGAAUCUCAUCCUCGACGAUAGCGAGCAAACUCUGAAACGAUGCGCCCUUGCACUACGAAGCGCGAGACCUCUCAUCCGACGAUUCUUGUUUGCGAACAUCGUGCUUCAGAUCCCCUCAAAGGACCCGGCGGCGGGCAAGCCCAAGCGCGCGAAAAUCUCGACGGCUUCCCAGCGGUUUCUCGAAGUCCUUCUCGCCUCUCCUCAUCUUGGCGGCUACGUUCGCGAGCUCUCUGUCAUGUCCGGCGACUUCGAUCUGCAGCAGCCGCAUGUUGCGAAAGACGCAGAGACCCAUAUCCCGGGAGUUCUGCAACGUCUGCGUGGCCUGGAAAGCCUGACGAUCGAGCUGAAGGGGCACGGACAUCUUCAUUUGCCUGAGACACUGGUCAUGGCCUUGGAACUCCCGUCUGCAACUGUCCUGCACCUGGAUGGCAUCACGUUGCCUCUUGCAAGCAUCGGAAAGCUUUCCAGUCUUCGGUGUCUUUCUAGCACGUUCACAAACCUGGCUUGUGAUCCCGGACAGCCUCUUGCCAUCGGACCCGCACCAAGACUGGAGCGUCUCAGUGUGCUGCGAGGUUUCUUCUCUGAUGCGACCAUCUUCGCCGCCCCGCCAUCGUAUUUCGACCAUCUCGUGCGCUUGGAGGUCCGCGGGGAUUUCGUCAAGUUGGACCGCCUGCUUCGGCUUUGUGAAGGAACCCUUACUCAUUUGGAGAUGAACGCUCCUAGGCCUGAGAAUAGUUCCGAGCGACUAGAUUUGUCCAUGCUCGCUUCCCUGCGUCAUCUGGUUAUCCACGAAAUCUAUAUUUUCCCAGAAGUAUGGAUAUGGCUACGCAGCACUCUCGGGACCGUUGAUGCAAGACACGUCGAGUUGCGUCUUGGAAUGCUGGAAACGUGGACUGAAGACACGUACGACGUCCCUUUCAAUGUCAACGAGUACAUCAAACCCCAGGAGCGGGAGUUUGCCCGCCUUGACGAGGUCCUGAGCGAGAUUGCUUCCUGCCUCGACACCGUGCAUCUCGAGAUCAGCUCCGACUACACGCUGGUAGAGACGGCGCAUGACUACAUCAUGUAUCAAUGUGACGAGGCCGCGGACACUGUGCUCAGUUAUCUGCCUCGUACUGGCGAGCGUACCCCGCUCUUCAUCAAGGUAGAUGGUGUUAGUUUCGACGCAGAAUCCUCAGAGUCGGAUUCUGAUUGAGACGGACGGCCCAUCUGCGACCGCCAUCCCUACGUUAUCCCACCUACAGCCUCAUUUAAUCCUGGUGUACCCAUGAGACCUGCACGGUG